AUGAGAUUUGCCGAUUUUGCUGUCGAUUUGGCAGCCGUGCUCAGCGCAUCGCGCUCUGUCGCAUCCAAGCAUGUCGCCCUGAGAGGCCGGCAGCUUGAGAGCUUCACCAAGUCAUCCAGCUUAACACGUCGAGCUCCGGUGGCUCCAGACAAUACCCGACAUGACACUAUUACCGAAAACACGUCUGCGACAGAGGCAGCUGAAGUGCAGCCUCAAGUAAAGGAAGCAUCGCCCGUGCAGUUUGAGUCGAGACCUCAAGUCACUCACGUCCCGCACAGUUCUUUCGCCAACAUUCAGCCAGAAUCCAACAAUGGAACAAUUACGAAGCCAGAAUCUGGUUCGGUUCUGUCCCAACUGCGCCAAUCAAACCCUUCGAGCUUCCCCUGGUCUGAUUCUUCACCGCUAGAGGCCAGUUUCAAAGAGAAUAAGGCUCAAUUAGAAGGCUUAGCGAGAAAAGGGUCGGCUGCAUCAUAUGGCGCUCCCGUCUCCGAAAAACCAGAAGACGUUCCCUCUGGGGUCAACGUCAACAUUUUUCACAGCAGCCGCGCCGCCAGUAUGCUGGGUAAGCAGGAUGAUAAACAAGCGAACAACUUGUUUGGAGCCCGGAAGAAACUCAAACCUGUCGGGCUCCCAGAGUUUGUCGUUCAUUCUCAGACGGCAAAGGAUGCCCGAGAAAAUAAUUCAUCAGCAAAAGAGUCUGCACCGAAGGCUCAGGCAACAGAGCCUAAAGUCGACGACAGUACUGUUGCGAAGACUGCUCCCAUUGGCUCAGAGCCGGAGGUAGAGACAAAGCCUUCCCCAAUAGAGACGAAGGACGAGUCACCAGUUAAGGCGGUCCUUGAAACAGCGACCGAUCAAUCUUCGUCUCCAGCAUACGUACUCAGGGAGUCCAAGGUUCCUGCUACACGGCUUAGCAGGCUUUGGAACUAUGGCGGUCUGGCAGCAGGCAUGAUGGGAGGUGCCAUUUCUGAAAGCGUUGGCCGGGCUUUUGGCGGCAAGGGUGAAGGUUCAGUCCUUCUCAGCGCUGGAAAUAUGGAAAGACUCGUGUCAAAGCUCUCACGGAUGAGAGGUGCCGCUUUGAAGAUGGGCCAGAUGAUGAGUUUCCAGGACUCAAAGAUGCUCCCUGGACCGAUUCAGGAGGUGUUGCAGAGAGUACAAGAUCGUGCUGAUUAUAUGCCAUCAUAUCAGAGAGACAAGGUGCUCAUAGCCAACCUGGGUCCGGAAUGGCGUGAGCUGUUUGAAGAGUUUCAGGAAAAGCCCAUCGCUGCGGCGUCUAUUGGGCAAGUUCACCGCGCAACACUGAAGAAUGGGCGGAAGGUUGCCGUCAAAAUCCAGUUCCCAGGAGUAGCCGAUUCCAUCAACUCCGACCUAGACAACCUUGGAAUCCUGUUAAACGCCACCAAACUUUUGCCAAAGGGCUUGUAUCUGAAUAAGACCAUCGACAAUGCUCGUCUCGAACUUGGGUGGGAGUGUGACUACGAGAGAGAGGCACAGUGUCUCAUCAAAUACAAAGAGCUGCUCGCAGGCGAGGAGGAUACUUUUCUUGUGCCAGAUGUUCAUCUUCAGGCUUCUGGAAAGAACGUUCUCACCAUGGACUGGAUGGAUGGCAUCGGCGUCACCAGAGUUAAGUCAUUCACGCAGCAGCAGAGAGAUUGGAUCGGAACCCAGAUCUUGCGUCUUUGCUUGAGAGAAAUCACCGAGUUCAAGUUCAUGCAAACCGACCCUAACUGGACAAAUUUUCUCUUCAAUGCCAAAACCAACAAGCUCGAACUCCUUGACUUUGGCGCCUCAAGAGAAUACCCCGACGAGUUUGUCACUCAAUAUGUCCAGCUUCUUGCGGCUGCGUCAAGGUCUGACCAUCAAGGAGUUAAAGAACUUUCCGAGAGCCUUGGCUACUUGACUGGUCAUGAGAGCAAAACCAUGGUUGAUGCCCACGUCAAGUCGGUGCUCACUUUGGCCGAGCCAUUCCUCGCAUCGGCCCCCGAAGUUUACGACUUCAAGGACCAAACCAUUACCGAGCGGGUGAAGGGCCUUAUCCCCGUCAUGCUGCGCGAGAGACUUGCGCCGCCGCCCGAGGAAACGUAUAGCCUGCACCGCAAGCUGAGCGGUGCUUUCCUACUCUGCGCUAGACUCGGCAGUAAGGUUAGAUGCCGCGAGAUGUUCGAGGAAAGCUUGAAGAAGAACGGAUACACUGUUUAG